UACUCCUCUUCUGACACCAAACGAAGUCUGUGUGACAAAGGAUUUUGUGUAAAUCUGAGAAACUUAAAACUACUGUUUUCUGUGCACUUUCUAAACAAAGUUAAUGUUUGUUUAGGCUCAGCUAGGAGAUCCUAUAGACAUUCAAUUUUCUUGUGUGACUGGAUGGUGAUAGAAAAACUUGAAUAAUCUUUCAAAAUGCAGCUGGUCAGAGCUACUAGACUGUCACUUCUUGUCACGUGUUUGAUAGGUGUAGAACAAAUAAUAGCUGAUAAAACUGAUCCAGAAUUCCCCAACAUCGAACGUAUAACUUAUGGCUCAUACCAGUCGACUGUAGAAGUGUCCAUAAACCCUGAGAACUCUUCCGUAUAUGUCACUGAGUAUUAUGAAGAAGUUACAGAACGAGGAAGACUGGAUUUGAUGAUUGAUGGAAAGCAUACAACAUUAGUGUACGACAAAGAAACUAUGCAGAUGAUGGGUGUGAUGGACAAUACCUGUACAGUUAUAAACAUCACGAGUGCACUCCUUAACUACGAGAGUUUUUUCUGGGGGUGGUUAGAUCAUAGACCUGGUCACUUGCUGAUUGGACCAUCAGCAAUACUUCGUAAGGCACUGGAUAAUAAACCGGAAUAUGUGGCUUCUACUUAUAUACGAGGAAUUAAGUGCAACAUGUGGUCGCACCAAGACCCGGCGAACAAAGAAGUAACCAUAGAAUAUUACUUUACUGAACCAACCUGGACAAAUGCAAAUGGUUUAAACAAAGUUAUACCUGUCAGAGUUUCUGUCUAUGGUAAUGCCAUUACUUCAACGUCUGACGGAAAGAAAAUCGAAUUUGAUCAAGUUUUCGACUUUGUUGCGUAUUCUCCAUACGUCCGCCAUUUUAAUGUUUUUCAGCCUCCCGUCGGGAUUGGGUGUUUAACACGCACAAACGUAAAGCCGGUUCCAAAAAUUGGGUCAAAAAUUUUCUAUCUCGGAGAGGAGUACAGCUUGAAAGAAAAAGAAGACCACAUAAAGUCCUUCAUUCAUCUCUAUAAGAUAUACUUUGACAGCUUGUUCAAGCUAGUUCGCUUUGAUUCUUGGGAAGAAAAAGGUUUGAAGACUGAAAUACAAGAUUUUAAUACGGGAAUCGCCUACAAUAUAGACAAUGAGAAACGGUGUAGCCGUGGACCAAUUAGAGGGUCACCUGCUGAGAAACUUGGAUGGGGUUUUGUUGGAAGUCUGAAGACUACUGAAGAAUUCUUGUCUUUAACAGGGGCUUACUAUCAUAUUGGCUAUGAGACCAUACGAGGGAUAAGGUGCAACGUCUGGGAAAGUGUAAUAACCAAUGUUACAAUGGGUGAUAAAUUCUACGUUAGAGUUGUCUAUACUUACUACUUCAUGACGCAAUGGUGGGAAGCAAUAGUAGAUGGCGUCACAGAAGAGCAAAGACCAGUCCGUUUCAUGAUAACAGGAUAUGAGAAAACAGGAGAGCCUCCAACUUUAAGGAAGCAGUUCAACAUGUUUGGAUUUCGAGAUACCGGUAUCGACAUGGACAUAUUCAAGAUGUUUAGCCUUGAAGACUGUGAAUUUUUGGAUGGAAUGGAAUAUUUUCAAGUUGUUUUUAAUGUGAACAGAACUCAAGCUGUGAUUGCAGAGAUGAAUGAUCAUUUAUUUCGUACCUACACGUUGAUCCUACUAGCAUCAGAGAUGAAGGUAUCACCCAUCCGACUACCAUCCAUCCGGGUAAGUAAGACUUAUUUACAGUUUAUAGAAAUAGAGAGAGACGGGUUUUGGGUAGCGGUGAAAGCUGAUGGUCGUCUUCCGACACGUAAAAUUUUGCAGUAUCGUCGAAUGCGUUCACAGGUCUCAAAAGAGUAUGGCAGGGAACUUCAGGGGUCACCGUGCACACCACCUGGUCUUGCCUAUGUUCAAUCAGUCUCCCAGAAAGACUGCCAAGAAAGAAACUCCAAGAUGGAGAAGAUGAAGCUUAACUGA